AUGGCAGGCACUAUUGAGAUUAUUCCCACAUCAGAGCUCAAUGACGGUACCUCGGUUCCCGUCCUUGGAUAUGGCACCGGCACCGCCUGGUAUAAGACGUCGAGAGACAGUGGUACCAACCGUGACUUGGUCGAUUCAAUCAAGGCGGCAAUCAAACUAGGAUACCACCACCUCGACGGAGCUGAAGUCUACAAGACCGAGGAGGAACUCGGAUUGGCAAUUAAAGAGAGCGGUGUCCCUAGAGAGAAACUCAUCGUGACGACCAAAGUCAUUACCAAUAUCGCUGAUAUUCCUCGGGCCAUUGACACCAGUCUACAAAAGCUCCAACUUGAUUACGUGGACCUGUACUUAAUCCAUGCUCCGUUCUUUGCAAUUACCGAGGCCCAACUCCAGGCUGCCUGGGCUGCCAUGGAACAAGUCAAGGAAUCUGGAAAGGCUCGCUCCAUUGGCGUAUCGAAUUUCCUGCAGAGUCAUUUGGAAACCAUACUCAAGACUGCCAAAACUGUGCCAUCUGUGAACCAGAUCGAGUUCCACCCGUACCUCCAGCAUGGAAAUCUGGUUUCUUUUCACGAGAGCAAAGGCAUCAAGACUGUCAGUUACUCUGGCCUGACACCGACUACUCGUGCUAAAGGUGGGCCUCUGGACCCUCUGCUUACCUCCUUGGCGACCAAGUAUGCCGUCAGUGAGGCAGAAGUCUUGCUGCGCUGGACUAUUGACCGUGGCUGUGUAGCCAUUACAACCAGUGGCAAAGAGUCGCGCAUGAGCAGCUAUCUCCGUGCGCUGACGUUCAAGCUAACACCUCAGGAGGUCGAAGAGAUCUCGAAGAUUGGCGAGCAGAAACAUUACCGAGCAUUCUGGCGGGAGAAAUAUGCGGAAGAUGAUCGAUCAUAG